AUGGAACUCGAUGAUUCAAUCUCAACAUCCUUCAGGACACCAUUUACAGAGUCGUUGCGCACGUAUCAACCCUUAGACGAGUCCAACGAACUUACGAUAGUCGAGAGAACAAGUCGGAUCAAGAAGAUAGCUGAUUCAAGACUCUCCGAGCUUACCAUCAACAAGUUGAAGAUACAGUCCAUCGGUCUCAUAGGGAGAGAAACAGAAACUGAAAGACUGCGAUCAUGCCUUCGGUCAAUGAUGGACAACCAGGCUGCUGAAGAUGACGACGAGACAGAAAUGAAUGAGGAUACCAUUAUGAUUUCCAAAGUGAAGAAGGAGCUCGUCUUUAUCAAAGGAUUCAGCGGUGUGGGGAAGACGUCGCUAGCAAGAACUGUGCAACAAGAAGUGAAUUCAAUGAAAGGUGGAUAUUAUGCUGAGGGAAAAUUUGACUUGAAUGAGAGCAAGGAAACGCCUUAUGCAGGUAUAGCAAAAGCUUAUAGUCAGCUUGUUGCAGAGUUAUCGGUGACAAAUCCUGACGUGCUCCUUGGCAUUGGGCAACAACUUUGUGAUACGAUUGGUCCUGAAGUGGAACCUCUUACCUAUCUGAUCCCAGAGCUUGAAAGUUUCGUUACAGGCUAUUCGAACUACUCAAAUGAAAAUGUCGAUGGAAUGCAAGAGAGAUGGAGAUACAGUUUUCGUGUACUUACACGGUUGUUGACAUCAUAUUUUCGGCCUCUCGUGAUUGUUAUUGAUGACUUGCAAUGGGCAGACAAGGCAUCUUUAGACCUUAUGGAGACUUUGAUCGCAGAUUCUCAAAACGUGAACCCACUGAUGAUGGUUGGAUGCUACCGCUCGAAUGAAGUAGGAGAAAAGAGUGAUCUGGCGAAGUCGCAAUACAGUCUCUAG